AAUUUAAAAACUGAAUAAAUUUAGAUUUACACACAUUUACUCAAGUAAAUAAACAGAAUUAAUGAUGGGCUAAAAAUCUGCAGAAUUCUGUGUGCGCAGAUUCCGGGUGGGCCUACUAAUUACUAAAUUGCUAAAAUUAACACUCAGUUUCCAAUAUAUCAAGGUUUUUUUUUUUUUGCUUAAAUUGUAUAUUUUUAUCUCUGUACAAUGCAAAUGUGAACCUCAUAGUUUAACAGUCUGUCACUAAAUGUAUCUGGCUAAAAAAGUGGCUUUAAAGUGAUUAUUGUUGCUUUAAAGCACUGUGAUAUACAGUCGAAUGCAAAUACAUCAGCCCUCCUGUGGACUUUCGAUUAUUUUCCAAAUUUUCCCAAGUGCUGAGAUGUUUUCAACACAUUUUUAAACAUAAUCAUUUUAGCUUAUUUCGAAUAACUAAUUUCCUUUGUUUUUUUUCGAUGACAGUACAUAAAAUAUUUUGCAAGAUACUACUUCUAAAAUUUCCGUCACUUGGGAAAUAUUUGAAAAAUAAUUGCAAUUUCACAGGAAUCCUAAUAAUAACCAUCUAAUAACAGCAUAUGGCAAUUGGGAACUCAAUUAAACACUCCAUAAACAAAUACUCCAUGUGUAAACUAUAUAAUGUCUUUUUUAAAUGUGCUAACGCUAAAUAACAAAUCAGUGAUUUUAUUUUAGUUCGAUUUUUUUAAAUAAUACAAAUGUGUUACCAAACUUUAUAUUUCUCCACAUACUCUGUAUUGUUUUAUGGACAACUUACCUGUUCUUCAUCAUGUUUGUCAAAGUAUUUACUUGUAAUUAAAAAUUUAAUUAUUAAAAAUCUUAUCAGUCAAGCAAAAGUCUAGCACUAGCACAAACAUUUAUCCAUGUUUGUUGGCAACUUUAAUCUAAACUUGUCAACUUUGACUCGUUUAAACCGCUGUGGUAAAUCAUCCCUCAGAGAGAUCUUCCCGCCAUGCGCCUCACGUCAGCUUUUAUUGGAUUACCAGUUAAUCCGCGCGCUUCCUGCAGCACUCCAGGAGGAUUUGUUUUGAAAGCAGACGCACUGGUCUGCAGGAGUCCAGAAGAUCAUGGCGGAGGAGCACGCGACAGCCCGAGGGAUGACAGUCGGAGCAGAGGGCGGGGCUGAUGUCACAAAGGGGGUAUGGCCUGCACAGCCACGCCCCCUAUCACAUGACCGGGUCACGUUAGUAGUCGACGGGACUCAUUUCGUGGUGGAUCCUGCAGUGUUCACAGCAUACCCGGAUACAGUGCUAGGAAGGAUGUUCGGUCGAGCACGUCAGCACAGUUUUACACGGCCAAACACUAAAGGCGAAUAUGAAAUCGCUGAGGGAAUCGGUGCCAGCAUUUUCAGAAUCAUACUGGAUUUUUACCGAGUCGGCAUCCUGCACUGUCCGGAGGGCGUGUCCUUGGCGGAGCUGCGCGAAGCCUGCGAUUAUCUGUGUAUAAACUUCGACUACAACACCGUCAGAUGCAGAGACCUCAGCGCUCUCCUGCACGAGCUGUCCAAUGACGGCGCUCGGCGGCAGUUCGAGGUGUUUCUGGAGGAGCUGUUGCUGCCGGCGAUGGUUUCCAGUGCUCAGGAGGGAGAGCGAGAGUGCCACAUCGUGGUGCUCACAGACGAUGAUACUGUAGACUGGGAUCACGACAACCCUCCGCCAAUGGGAGAGGAGCACUCGCAAAUCAUCUACAGCACCAAACUCUACCGUUUCUUCAAGUUUAUUGAAAACAGAGACGUCGCAAAAGCUCAUCUCAAGGAGCGAGGCCUGAAAAACAUACGCAUCGGUAUUGAAGGGUAUCCCACCUGUAAGGAGAAGGUGAAGCGGCGUCCUGGCGGGAAGUCGGAGGUGAUUUACAGCUACCUGCAGCGUCCGUUCAUCCAGCUGUCCUGGGAGAAGGAGGAGGGCAAGAGCCGACACGUGGACUUCCAGUGUGUGCGCAGCCGCAGCGUGCCAAACCUCAUCACCGCCAUGGGGGAGGGACCAACACGAGCCGGAGCCACGCCCACUCCACAGGUCGAUGAGUUAGAUCGGCUGAACGGCCCCGCCCCUCCUGGCCUCGACCAAUGACUGAUGAUUAAACUGUUUAGGGUGGAACACUGGACAAUAACAUUAAAUCACGUUGUGCGUUUUUGUAUUCAAUAUGUUUCAUGAAUAUUCAGCCAUUCAUUCGUUCAGAGAUGAUUUCCUGUUCACCACUGUGUCCUUGAGACCCUGCUGUUACUGUAAAAGGCUUCGGUUAAGGCUCUGUUCACACAAACACGGAGCAUUUUCAAAACUGCACUUCUUUCUAUGGGGUUUUGUUGUUUGUCCACACGAAAAUGCAGUGUCAUGUGACUGAAACUCCGUCCAGAAUGUCUUUUGAUGUUUCGUGACCCUUUAAAGCACUCCUAGUUUUGAUAAUUCACCCAAAUAUUAGUUGUUUUUUUUUAUUGAAAGAAGCAAAAUGUUUAGGCAUGUAACAUUUUUAUUGCAUUCUGGACAAGAAAAGAAGAUACUGGAUAUAUAAACAAACAUGUCAAAUGUGUGUCAUCACAAACUACAGCUUCGCAGAUACAAAAUAAAGACGGUUACAUAUCAAUACAAAAA